UCGGGAUGGCCGUGCAGCGAGCGACACAUAUUUUCUUGAUGUCUUUUUACGCGCUUUUGGUAAUCUUGGCUAUCUUUGCUGUACCGGAAAGUUCGGCCGACUACUGUGGAAACGUAUUUGAAACUACAGCUAACCGUGUUUUACUUGGUCAUGUCAUCGACUCUGUUCUUGACAUCGAUGAAUUUGAGUGUCGGCUGAGGUGCAUCGGCGAAAAGGGUUGCAAGUCGAUUAAUAUACGUCGCAAUGGGAACAAAAAGAAUUUCUGUGAACUUAACAGCCAAAAUCGACAGACCAUGCCACAGGACUUCAGAGUGGAAAAUAGUUCCACAUAUCAUGGCUUUGUUCAGGUUUCCUGUGUCGACAUUUCCAGUGAUAAGAAAAGACAAAGAAAGAGCAGACUGUGUCACCCAGGAUACCAUGGUGAACGAUGUCAACCAGACCACAAGGGCUUGUACUCCCACCAUCCUGCUUCGUCUUGCAAAGAAAUCCGAAACGCAGGACACUUUAAAACAGACGGGGAAUACUGGGUCGAUCCCGAAAAGAAUGGGAACGCUCUAAAGGUCUUCUGCGACAUGACUACUGACGGAGGGGGCUGGCUUCUUAUAUCGAGCAUUGUCAUUGACACCGCUGCCCCAAAUCAGAUGACUGUAGUGUCAUCAUACCGUGGUAUUAACACCAGUCAGAUGGUACUCACAAAAGGUGCCGUGAAUGAGCUGAGAUCACACUUGGGAUUCACUCAAAUACGAUUCCACUGCAGUAGGCAUCCGGGCCAUAUAUUCCAUGUGGCCACAGCAGCUAACAGCACUGGGGAGGCUGUAGUCCAGUACUUCAGCGGUCAGACGGACAUCCAACCAAAUGCUUGUGGCUCCUUUGUCAGAAUGGAUAAUGACAACUCGAUUAUGUCAAGACAGUGUCAUCAGUGGGGAUGGGAAAAUGGAACGUACAAAGUCGGAAAAUGGGGACAUAGUCGAGAUCAGGAUAGGUUGUAUAUUUACCCUGCUUUUGUUUACCACGGACAACACUGGCAUACCAGCCCGCAUGGUACUAGGUAUUGUGAUGAUGGCGGAAGUAGCAAAACUGCCGGUGAUUUUUGGAAAAUUUACGUGCGUUGAAAAGCUUCAGCGAAAGCAAAGCAACUUAUCGAGAGCUGGAUACAUUAUACCAUUUCUAAAUGAUUGAAUCGUUUAAGAAAGCACUCCGGACUUCUACU